UACGCUGAAUACUCCUCCGCCGGAUCGAAGAAGAAGACGUGGCUAAGGAAGUCAGGCUACAUGCUAAUGCUGCUAACAGGAGGACAGAAGAGGUUCUGGUAAAAAGAGUCAACAUGGAGACAGCGAUGCCCGUGCCUGUUCUCCGUCUGCCCAAAGGACCAGACCCCAACAGCCGUGGAUUUUACCCCAAUUCCCCUCGUUUCAUUGCUCUGUGUCGCACCUCGAUCCCCACCUCAGCUGCUUCAGAGACAGACCCCGAGCAGCUGCAGAGAGAGCAGCACGCACGGUCUGUGCUGCGGGAGAGCUUCCUCCGGUGUCUGCUCUCCAUGACCAACAAGAAGGUUCAGUUUCACAUGUAUGAGAAGGUGAAGGUGGAGGCCAAGUUUAGAGCAUCGGACAUCGACGUGCUGAACUUCCAGGUGUCGGACUUGCACACUCCCAUCGGGGUGCAGAAAGAGGCUCUGAUCAGGUGUCAGGAUGUGAUUUCAUUUAGUUUUGAUGCAUGAACACUUGAGGAUUUUUGUCAGUUUAAGUAGAACAGGUCUUGUAUGAAAAUGUCCUUGGAAAUCUCUUUUGUUGUUGCAUAUAGGAUCUAUUUUCACAGUGAGAUACUUCAUAUGUUUGUUUUUGCAGCACAGUGUUGUUGAAUAUUCGCAUCUAUAUUGUUCAUUAGAUCCUACUUAAAUGUGACUGUGCAAAGAUGUCACUAACAAGCAGUCCCCCUUUGCCAUCACAAGAGGGAGUCCUAUCCCUGUGUUUCAAGGUUGAUGUCAACACCUGACGUGAGCUGAAGCUUGCUCUUGCGUUAGAUGAUGUCAUUGACAGUUAAAUGUUGGAUGAUUUAAAUAGUGUUCAAAUGGUUUAGCAGCUCGAGUCAUCCAAUAUAUUUGUAGAACAAUCUACUAUUAAGCCAGAAAGAUGGUGAUCUCACCGGUCAUGCUGCCUUGAGGAACAAGAAAUGAAUCAAAGCACAAACAUGAUCAAACAAUAUCUACUGUUGCAUCACAAUGAGUCAGUGAGUGCCUCCUUCUACCGCUACACUCUCAGGCCUCUGUAGAUCAUCACCUCUGUCUUCAACGUGAGAUGAUCUAUUACUGUGACAUUCAACCGUUUAACUGAGACAAAUUAAAUGUUGCACUUGA